AUGAGACGAGUGAUCAACUCCACGCUACGGUCGUACUCGACAAAGGCUGCCUCCCAGUCCAACGCCUCUGUGCAGCCCGAAAUCCUUAAGUCUCUUUGUGUGGCUAACCGAGGAGAAAUCGUCCACAGAGUGUGUGAUACAGCCUCCAAAAUGGGCAUUGACACCACAUCUUUCUACACCGAGCCCGAUGGAAACCUCGCCUUCUCGCGAUCUGCAAACAACAACUUGAAUCUCGGAGCUGACACAAAGGGUUACCUUGAGAUGGACAAGAUUGUUCGCCUGGCCAAGGAGAAUGGCUGUGACUCCAUUCACCCUGGUUAUGGUUUCCUUUCCGAGAACUCUGAGUUCGCGAAGAAGGUCCAAGAUGCUGGCUUGAUCUUUGUCGGCCCUCCUGCUGCCGCUAUGGAGGCCAUGGGCUCCAAGUCUCGAUCCAAGGAGAUUAUGACCGAUGCUGGUGUCUCGUGUGUUCCUGGUUACCACGGAGAGAAUCAGGAUCCCAAGUUUCUUGAGGCCGAGUCUGAAAAGAUGGGCUUCCCCGUUCUUAUCAAGGCUGUCCUCGGAGGAGGAGGUAAGGGUAUGCGAAUUGUAGAGUCCAAGGCUGACUUCCAAAAGCAGCUGGCCUCCGCCAAGUCUGAAGCCAAGUCCUCUUUUGGUGAUGAGCGUGUCCUCGUCGAGAAGUACAUCAAGCGACCUCGUCACGUGGAGGUCCAGGUCUUUGCCGACAAGUUCGGCAACGUUGUGGCUCUCGGAGAGCGAGACUGUUCCGUCCAGCGACGACACCAGAAGGUUCUUGAGGAGUCUCCUGCCCCCGGCCUUGAGCUCUACUCCGCCGACUGCCGACAGAAGAUGUACAAGCAGGCCUGUGACGCUGCUCGAGCCGUCAACUACGAGGGAGCUGGUACCGUCGAAUUCAUUUUCGACCGAGAUUCACCCAACGGACAGUUCUACUUUAUGGAGAUGAACACUCGACUCCAGGUCGAGCAUCCCGUUACCGAGAUGGUCACUGGUGUUGAUCUCGUUGAGUGGCAGCUCCUUAUCGCCUCCGGUCGACCUCUGCCUAAGACCCAGGAGGAGAUCCAGGCUGAUAUGGACAAGCUUGGUGUGCAUGCAAUCGAGGCCCGAAUCUACUGUGAGGACCCCUUCAACCAGUUCAUGCCUUCUUCUGGAAAGAUUGUGCAUAUGCAGCUUCCCCAGGUGGGCAACCCCCGACUUGAUGUCACCUUUGAGCAGGGCGACACCGUUUCUCCCCUCUACGACCCCAUGAUCGGAAAGCUCAUUGUUCGAGGUGACUCUCGGGAGGAGGCUCUCAAGAAGCUGCGUCUGGCUCUCAAUGAGUACGAGAUUGUUGGUCCUACCACAAACAUUGAAUUCAUCAAGCGAGUUCUCAAGCACGAGGGAUUCCGGGGCAACAACCCCACCGAUCUCGAUACCGGUUUCAUUCCUCGACACGGCGAGGUCCUAUUUGCCAACGAGGGAACCCCCAGCGAGGUUUACGUUCAGGCUGCCAUUGCCCAAGCUUUCCCCAAGGCCCUGUCUGCUCCAUCCAUUCUGGAGGCUGCCAACGCUUUCUCUUCCGUCGGAACUGCUGGCUGGUCUUCAAUGCAGACUCGAGAGGUUACCUUCAAGAACGGCAAGGAGUCUGUCGUUGUCACUCUGACUCAGCUCCCCGGCACCAACCCCACCGAGCACACUUUUGCCGCCAAGGUCGGUGAUAAAGCCAUUGGCAACGUGACUGCUUCUCACUUCAAUGGAAAGGCCCGAUUUAAGUUCCCCACAGGCCAGCAUGUCAACACCGUUGUUUCUAACGACUCCAACCUCGGUAACGUUAACGAGGUCCAUGUCUUCCACCGAGGAACCCAUCACAAAGUCGAGCUGGCCACUCCUGACUGGAUCACUGCCGUCAACAAGCGAAUUGGUGCCGGUGCUGCUGCCGGAGGCUCCUUCAAUGACCCCGACGCCCUGGAGGUUGCCACUCCUAUGCCUUGUCGAGUCGUUCGAGUCACAGUCAAGCCUGGAGAUGUCGUGUCCAAGGAUGAUGAGCUGCUGGUCAUCGAGUCGAUGAAGAUGGAGACCACUGUUCGAUCUGCCCGUGAACAGCCUACUAAGGUCAAGAGAGUGGCAUUUGUUCCUGGAGACCUGGUCAAGCAGGGCUCCGUUCUCAUCGAGUACGAGGAGUAG